GAAGAACGCGUAGUCUUGGAGAGUGGUUCGUUCAUUUUCUACUAAGCGCGCAUGCACAAAUCAUCGCAAAACUUCUGUAAGUUAUGUACAGUAAACAGAAUUGAGCAAUUCGUUCUCAGUGACUCUUCUACUCCGAGUCGUUCGUUCUUUUGUCACGUGACGCCCAUAGACGCUAUGCGGUGCAAUAGAUUCAAAAGAACGAACGACUCAGACUGGAAGAUAUAAGAGGUGAGAUACUCAUUCUGUUUAUUAUAAUAUGUCCUUAGCUGCUUUGUAAUAUUUUCAUUACUGGGACUAUAGCCAAAAUUUGUGUAUGUAGACGUAUUGGGGGUCUUUUUGAUUAAAAAUGCAACAUUUUAUUUUAUUUCUGAUCAAAAGAGUGAAAUGAACUAAAUGACUCAAAAAAAGAUUCGUUCAUUUUGAUGAACGAGAUUCAAAGAACCGAGUCACUAAAAUGAUUCAAACUUCCCAUCACUGCUUUACGUGUCUUUACAGAAUCUGUUACUGUGUGCUUGUGGCUCUUGCGUUUCAACUCUCAGUCAUGUUUCACCUUCCAACAUGUCGAAUGACGUCACGUGACUACAUCGUUGAGGAAAGUUCGGGAACAUUCCGGAAAAUGUCAGAGCUUUCUCAGAAACACGUUAAUCCGUAAGACAGGAUGCUCGGGAAGCCAGCUGCAGUCCCAGUCAGAGUGGUGUCCUGGUGAAGAUGUCGGACAGACUGGACGUGCUCCUGGUUGGAGAAGGGAACUUCUCCUUCUCCGUGGCUGUGUGUGAAUCGGGGGAUUUUGAGAGCCUCACUGCGUCCUGCUUACAAACCGAGGAGCAAGCCGUGUCCCAGGAACACGCAGCCUCCAACAUCCAGCGCCUCCGGGACCGAGGCUGUACGGUGCUUUUCGAGGUCGACUGCACGUGCCUAAAUGAGCACGAGGUCAUCCGGCGCCGGGCCUACGACCGCAUCAUUUUUAAUUUCCCUCACUGUGGGCGGAAAAGUGGCGUCAAGAGAAACCGCACGCUCCUGGCCAAAUUCUUUAUAAGCUCUGCACAAGUGCUCAAAGCUGGCGGAGAAGUGCAUGUGGCUUUAUGCAACGGUCAAGGAGGCACUCCAUGUGACAACCCGAUGCGAGAAUGGCACAACAGUUGGCAGGCAGUCGCCAUGGCAGCCGAGGCCGGCCUCAUUCUCAGCGAGAUCCGUCCUUUCAAUCGCGACAGAUAUCAAGGUUACAAAUGCACUGGUUACAGGAGUCAGGAUAAAGGUUUUCAUGUGGAAGGGGGACUCAACCACAUUUUUACCCGGAGCCUGCCGUACACGGCGCCCGAGAAACUUAAAAUGCACACUGCACUCGGGAAGGAGGCGGUUAGUUUCGAGCUUCCCGAGGAGUUGUGCGAAUACGUGAACAGGGAUUUCCUUGGACGACAGUCGCACCAUCCUGUGAAACUCGUCCUGGAACAGUUGCUCAGAGAGAUCAAAUCCUCAUGGCCUGUAUGCACAGUGAGCGACAACUUCCCAGAGUUGCUCAGCUGCUCCCAAGACAAACUCCAGGGUUGUGUGUCAAACCUGAGCUCCUCUGAAGUCUACUGGAUCAAGCCGAUCGAGACCCAUCCCCUUGACCGGUGCGAAGCUACUGAGCUAUUGGAGGAGCAGCUUCAGCAGCAGCUCUCUAGCAGUAGCUAUAUGCUAAGGCCAUCUUUGUUGAUGCACACAAAGGAAAUUAUGCAGCGAGAGGAUUUUAGCCCCGGGACCAUCUAUGCGCUGAGUGGGUUGGUUUUUCAAAGAGUUCCUAUCUCGCUAAACCAUUCCCCUGUUUUCCAUCAGCUUCACCUCGUCGCCGUUUUACCUUCCGACUCUCAACCAGUCCAGAGCCUUCAGAAUCAUCUGGAAGCCCUGCUUUGUCGUCACGAUAAUCACGAUGUCUCGUUCGAAAAGGAGGAACCAGGCGAAGAGCAUCGGGUGUGGCUCAGGCACCACGGGCGCCAAAACCUCGGCCAAAUAACCUGCGUCCCCAUCCCCCGAUCCGAACUCCAGCGCUGUAAAAGCUCCAUUGUGACCUUGCUGCUAAAUCUGGACGUCUUAGCAACCCUGAUGUUCUCGAUCCCCGACUGGCGCUUACUGUGGACCGCAGAUCCGCGUUUCCUGGCGAGUUUCGAACCAGGACUCCAGGUACCCGCCCCAUUUCAGCCAUUUUCACUCUACCCACCGAGCUACACCCAUGACAUGAGCUUCUGGAUGGAGCCGGACUUGUUUGACGAACUCGACUUCCACGAGGCGGUCCGCGUGGCCACGUGCGGAGCUGUAAGGGACAUCCGUUUGGUAGACAGGUUCCGGCACCCUCACAUGGGACACGCUAGUCUGUGCUACAGGUUAACAUACCAGUCACCGGAUCGCGCCCUGUCCCGCUCCCGAGUCCUGGACCUGCAAAACCAGCUGCGUGCACUGCUGCCUCUACGUCUGAACAUCACUCUGCGGUAAAUAAUGGUUACACCCUAGACACCCAAGCGCGGUCAACAGCCUUUGUUUACUUAAUUUUAAAAGUUAUAUUUUUUUCCACUGAGAUCUUGUUCAGGUAAUCAAAGCGUCAAGAGUGCUUAGGCUUUAAAAAAAAAAAAAAAAAGGCAUGAAAAGUCUGUAUAAUUACUUGGGUGUUUCCAUAGCCAAUGGCUGUUUGAACCAUGAGCCUAUUAUAUCUUGUACUAUUUUGAGGCAUUUCCACACCUGUUCCACAGCUCUGUUUGUAGUAGGCGUUGAAAGUUAAACUAAUACCUUUACUUAGUUUAUUUGUUUGGCGUGGUUCAGUGUACACGCUACACGUAAUUAAACUGAAAAAUAAACAACAACAAAAAAAAGAGCACCAUACAGCGCUGGCAACAAACUCGCACGAAAAUCCUAAUACAGCACUGGAAUUACCCAAGUAGCUUAUCAUCAUGAUGACAUAAAUGAUUAAAUAAUAUCAUAAAUCACAAGUUUACAUCCAGAACACCAUUUCCACAGCUCUUCUAAGUCUUUUAACUUUGAUUAAGAAGAAGCGAAUUUCUUUCCUUAUUUAUCUAUUUCUCCAGAAUUAAAAAUAUCCAGAUGAUGCGCAUUGCAUUAUUUUUAAAUGUAAAGCAUACUUUUACACUUGUUCCAGGAUUGUACGCACCCCCAGAUUAAUUCAAGUUUUUUUUUCUUCCUCUCAACAAAACAGUUUCUCUAGAGCCGCGGAUCAUUUGUAUAACUUUCUUCUUAUUGUUGUUUUAACUGAUGCAUUGACUGUUUCACUAGAUGUUUCUUGAAGUUAUCUGCAUGCAUUAUGAUAAAAAAUAAAAUAAAAAAAGCCAGUAAUAACCAGCAGAUGUUUAUGCACUGAACAUAAGAACCCAAACUUGAAUUUUUUUUUAUUUGUGAUAUAAACCUUUAAUUUUCGUCUGGAUUUUAAAAGAUCUUUGAGAAUGCUGCACGAUCUUUUACUUGUUUAACUGUAACUUUAAUAUGAUGAUCAGAUUAUAUUUAUGAAUGUUUUAUAAAAAUAUGCUGCUGAAUAAAUUUUAUGCCACAUUGGAGAUUGAAAAUGUUUUUGAUUUUUUGUGUUUGUUUAGAAUUCUAACAAUCUAAGCAGUAU